AGCUGGCCAGGAGGGGGCUGAACAUCGUGCUCAUCAGUCGAAGCCUCAGGAAGUUGGAGCAUGAGGCGGGGAGAUCGAGCGGCUCCACGGCAGGUCCACGCGCGUCAUCCAGGCCGAUUUCACCGGGGGCUUGGAGAUCUACGGUGCCAUCGAGGCAGGACUGCGGGGCCUGGAGAUCGGAGUGCUGGUGAACAAUGUGGGCAUGUUGUAUGGCGGCCUGCUGUCCGGCUCGAACUUGCGGAAGUUUCUGGACACCAAGAAUGUGGGCCAGAGCAUCUCGGAUGUUAUCAACUGCAACACGAUGUCGGCGGCUCAGAUGACCGGGAUCGUCCUGCCCCAGAUGGUCAGCAGGGGCAGAGGGGUCAUCGUCAACGUGUCCUCCAUAGCCAGCGAAAGGGUCAUCCCGUCUCAAGGCUUAUACUCAGCCACUAAGGCCUUUGUGCAGCGCUUCUCCGAGGCUGUGGGCGCAGAGUACUCCCCUCACGGUGUCACCAUCCAGGUGCCCGACUGGGGGCGGGUGGAGGGCUCAAAGGAUGUGGCUGGGGUAGCAGCUCUGGAGGAGAAGGAAGAGAGUCUGACGGUGAGACCCUCGUUUGUCUCCACAAACAUGAUCAACAACAACUCAACCGGGCUGCUGGUGAAGAGUGCCGACGAGUUCGCCCGCACGGCCUUGGACACGCUGGGCCUCUCUUCCCACGUCUGUGGCUGCCUCAGCCACGAGCUGCAGAGGGCGACUGGAGCUGUUACUACUGAAUGUUCUGUGCCACUGUCCACCAUGAAGGACAUGAUCUGGCCCCCUAUCUGGACAUCGACCAUGGGCUCGUGGGGGCCUAGCUGCAUUGAGCCUGUGGUGACAGGAGCCACCAGCGGCAUUGGCAAGGCCUACGCGCACGAGGUGAGUGGGUGA